CCAGAGAGAAAAGAAACGAGAAAAAGCAAGAAAAAUAAAGAAAGGAGCUAUUAGAAGGAAAAAGAGAGAGACUGAGAAAGAGAGAGAGAGAGAGAGAGAGAGAAAGAGCGAGAUAGAGAAAGUACCCAGUGAGAAAAUGUUGAUAAAGGUGAAAAGCCACUUGUCUUGUGUGUUACUUCGUCCUUCGAGCCAAAAGGUUGCAGCACGCUAGCACACACCCCUCCCCCCCUGGAGACCACCACCACCACCACCACCACCACCACCCCUUACUGGAACGGCCCCCCCCCUCCGCCCCCUACACCCUUACUAACUACCGUUUAUGACCACCUGCUCUUGCUCUCUCCUCAAUUCGGACCCUAAAAUCGGACCACUACUCGAUUUAAUUUGACCUACUCCCUCAACGCACACACUGCCUCUCCAACUACCCCCUAACUCGAACCUACCAAUUCGGCACACCAUCUCGGACCGCCCAAAUCGGCCCCACUAACUCGGCAUCCCCAUCUCGGCCUUCACCAACUCGGACCCAUCAACUCUUGUCUACCUACUCUGCUCCAUCCUCUCGGCCCACCAACUCGGCCUCACCAGCUCGGCCCCAUCAUCUCGGCUCCACCAAAUCGGCCCACCAAGUCAGCCACCAGGUCGGCCCACAAUCUCACCCCACCAACUCGGCCCCACGUAGUUUUUGCCGUAGUUGAAGAAGCAGCUUUGAGAGAAGGAAGGAAAGCCUCUCCUUCAGGUCACCAUGGCUCUCCUUCACCGCUUCGUCAAGAUGAACGACCGCGGCAACACGCACGUCUUCUCGUUCGUGGUGACUCGCAGCGUGACGCGUGACCUGCACCGGGACGUGACGAGCAAGGAGCUGACGUACGGGUACCAGCGGUGGGCCAUCACGUUCUCGCGGUCUGAGAAGGUGCUGGGCGUGUACCUGGUGUGGCGCAACCCGUGUGAGGGGAUGAGGGUGUACAUUGACUUCACCUUCACGCUGCUGAACCGUGAGCACUUCAGCGAGAAUGAAGCGUUCACGGGGAAACAGGUCAAGUUCACCUUUGACUCCCCGGCGCAAGGGAACCGCCGCCUCAUCAACAUGGAGGACCUGUACUCACGGAAGUUCACGGACGAGAAUGGCGAGUUUCAGCUGGAACUGACGGUGGCCAACAUCCGCACGGUGUUCGAGGCGGAGCUGCGAGUGCCGCCGCCACUCAACGGCGGCGUCUCCACCAGGAAGGAGAAGCGGUACGAGUCGCCCUACUUCCACUUCGGCCAUUAUGACUGGCACGUGUCCGUCACCUCCGCCUCGGGCAUGGAGGGGCGGCCGUCCGUACAGCUGCGGCGGCUGACAGGCUUCGACCACCAGUGCCGCGUGCGUUACCUGAUGGUGGUGGGCGAGGGGGAGCGCCGCGCGGACUCCGGCAUCCUGGACCAGCUCAGUGACCACGACGGGCGUACCCCAGGCUGGUCCCCCACCCGCACCCGCCUCCACGACCUGGUCCACAAGGGCGUGCUGCGGCUGUACCUGGAGAUGAUCCUGGCCAACACCACCAGCGAGGUCCGUCUGCAGCCCCUCCCCCAAGGCGCCCCCACCGCCGUGCUCUGCUACGACAGGGACAAGCAGGCGUGGGCGCUGGAGGCGGACCUGCACUCAGACACGCUCAGGCUGAAGCUGGUGUUCAACGAUGUCCAUAACGUGCCCAGGAACCACUUAAGAUACGUGUGUUGGAACGCCUACCUGCUACGGCGCGCGUCUCGGGGCUACGUGGAGUCAGUGUGUCUGGUAAACGGGCCUUUCAGCAACUACUACGCCCAGGAGAACACUGACGACGGCCUAAUGAUGGAGAGCGAUGUGCCUGUCAAGGAGAUUAAGGAGGGUGGCAGCUCUUACGUGGACGAGAGGAAGGAGAUCACGGUGCAGGUGGAGUGGGUGGAGUCACUGUUGCUGUUCCAAGCCACCUACCACAAAUACGAUGACGUCACAAGAAUGCAUAACUUCCAAAUGAGGAGGGAAAUCAGCGUGCUAGAGGCAGAGAACCUAAGUCUUGAACGUCAACUCUUCAGCUACCAGAAAUCUAUCGCUCUGGCACACUCGCGAGGAACAUACGUGGACGACACAGGGUUGGAGGAGGGCGGGACUGACGACUACGCUGCUGAUGCUUACUCCAAUGGCAAGAGGGACUACCAUGGGUCUGAGUACGCCCCUAGAAGCUACGACUACGGCUACACAGGUUUGCAGGAGAGGGCUUUUUCGACGGACACUGAUUAUGCGUGAAGAAUAGCCAGGCUGCUUAAGGAGGAUGACAAGACGUGAAAGAGGGUGAUAAGAGAGAGGUCUUAAAGGGUGAAGGAAAGGUGAUGUAAAAAAUAUGAGGAUUACAAGUGUGAAGUGUGAAGGAGGGUAAUAAAGGAGAGUUGUUAGAGUGAAUGGUGAAGGAGAGUGAAGGAAAAGUGUGAUGGAAAUGGUGAGAAGGAUAAAAAAGUGAAGGAAGGUGAAGGAAGGCGGAGAAAAUUGAGAUAAAAAGAUAGAAAAUUAUUAGAAACGUGAAAAAAAAUGAAGGACAAAUUGCAUGGGAAAAAAAAUAGAUGACGUGUUGUAAAAUGAAUGAAAAUUUUGUAGUAGGAUAAAAAAAAGUGAAGGAAAGGAUAUUAUGAUGCUAAAUGAGUGAAAAUACAAAGAAAACAAACUGAAACGUAACAAAAAGGUAAAAUAUUCAGAUAAAAGCUUCAAAUAUCUGAAAAAAUAAAAAAUAAACUGCAAAUGGAGGAGAGUGAAAGUUAAAGAAAUGAAUGAGUUUUGAAUAUCUGUGAAACUUUGUGAAUGUGGAAAAGAUUGGAAGGGUAAAGGAACUGAAGGAAGCUGAUGACAUGUAGAAGGAAAGCGUGAAAAUUUUGUAGUAGCAUCAAAGAAUAGUUAACAAUGCAAAAGUGAAGGAUAGUGAAGGAAAAGGGGCUGAAAUUGAAGGAACUGGGAGAAAAGAAUAUUGAAAAAGAUAGGAAAGUUUAAGAAUGCCUUGAAUAAUUAGGGAAAAGCAUAGAAAAGUAAGGACUGAAGGAAGGAAGGAAGGUGAAGGAGGUUAUGGGUGAAGGAAAGAGUGAAGGAAAACAGGAAACAAUGAAGGAAGGUGAAGGAAACACUGAAGAAGAAAUGGAAGACAUGAAAGAAACCAAAACAUGAAUAAAUAAUAAAAUGAAAUGUCAAAAUAGAAAAAAAACGAAAAAAUAACGUCGAAAUAAUGAAUGAAACUAAAUAAAAUCAUGAAAAAAUGGAAAAAAGAAGGAAAAAGGAAAAUUAAGGAGGAAAUGAAAAAAAAAACACUUUCCUUAUCUAUUUUUCCUUCACAUUUUCCUUCCCAUCACCUCCCAGAAUGAAGGAAGUGAAAAAAGUGACCAGGUAGGAUGAAAGUGAAUGAAGGAAGUGUCAGGCUGUAACUAGAGAAUGAAGGAAUCUUGUGAAGGAUGCAUAAGGAUGUGUUACUGAAGGAAAGUGAAGGAAAUGGCUUGGUUAUGAAGGAUUGCAAUGAAGUGAAAGGAAUAAUUUGUGAAGGAAUUUUUUUGUUUUAGAAAAAAAAUUGAAAUGAAAAAAGAAACUUAGGGUCAAAUUUGUGAAGGAAGGAGAGAAGGAUUGAAGGAAUGAAUAGGCGAGGAAGUAUUUUUUAUUUAUUUUUUUAGGUGAAAUCAAAAUAAUGAAGGAAACAGGAUAGGAUAUGUGAAGGAAGGAGAGGAUUGUGAUGAAGGAAUUGUAUAUAAAAGGAUGUUAUUUUGAUUUUCUGGUGUUAAAAAGAGAGUAUCUGUGAAGGAACUAGUGAAGGAUUGAAUUGAAGGAGUGAAGGAUUGUAUGUGAAAGGAUGUUAUUUGAUUUCCUAUUGUUUAUAAAUUAAAAAAUGGAUAGGAUGUGUAAAGGAUUGUGCUAAAGAAGUGAAGGAGUGAAGGAUUGUGAUGAAGGAGUGAAGGAGUGAAAGAAUGAUUUAUAAAGGAUAUUAUUUCUAUUUUCUUUAUAGGUAGAAAAAGGAUACGAUAUGAGAAGGAAGUCGUGAA